AUGGCAUAUAAAAUGUGCUUGUUGCUGCCCAUCUUUCUUUGUUUGGUGGCUGAUGGCGAUGGGCAUGACAUUCAUGUAGUUUCCCACAACCACCACCACAGGCCAAAGUUCGCUCCCGGUGCUUGGAAGCAUGCUCAUGCCACAUUCUAUGAAGGGGGCUCUGGAACCUUUGGGGGAGCUUGUGGAUACGAGGACGUGGUACAAGAAGGAUAUGGCCUAGAAACAGCAGCAUUAAGCGAGGCAUUGUUCAACAAAGGGCAGGGAUGCGGGUCAUGCUACGAGAUCAAAUGCGUGGACGACCCUAAGUGGUGCAAGCCAGGGCAGCUAACUCUCAUGGUCACCGGUACCAACAAUUGCCCGCCAAACUGGAACCAAGCAAGUGACAAUGGAGGAUGGUGCAAUCCUCCGCGCGAGCAUUUUGACAUAGCCAAGCCUGCCUUCGCCAAAAUUGCUGAGUACAAGGCUGGCAUUGUUCCUAUCAUGUACCGCAGAGUCCCAUGCAUGAAGAAAGGAGGUAUAAAGUUCACAAUAACUGGGAACCCAUAUUUCAACCAAGUGCUGGUGUGGAAUGUGGGAGGAGCUGGGGAAGUGACGAGCUUGCAAGUGAAGGGCAACAAGAACCUCAAAUGGACAGCAAUGAAGCGGCUGUGGGGUCAGAAGUGGGAGACCGACGCCAAGAUGGUCGGUGAGUCGUUGACCUUCCGAGUCAGAGGGAGCGAUGGAAGAUACUCAACGUCAUGGCAUGUUGCCCCCAACAAUUGGCAGUUUGGGCAGACCUUCGAAGGCAAGAAUUUCAAGUAGACAAAACUUGCUGGUUUCUUCUUGACCCCUCAUGGUUGAGUACGUAAAAAUUGUAAAUAUGCUU